AUGGCUUCAGGUCAAGAGGAAGACGACUUCCUCGGUUUUUCCGAUGAUGAAGGAGACGGGACGAACCCUGAUUCAGAUUAUGAUGAUGAUGAGGCAACACAAUCUCUGGCACAAAAUGCUGAAAGUGAAGUAAAUGCUCAUCACAUUGGGGACUUUGAGCAUAACCAACAAUUGCCAGAUCUUAAUGAAGUGGGACAAGAAGAUGCACAUGAAUGUGAAGUGGGACCACAGCAUACAUCAGAUUCAGAAGAACUCAUUUAUGGGACAAUUAGGCAGGCUGUUAUAAAGUUUGAUUACACAAGGCAGACAAUUAGGAAAAUAUGGCAGAGAGCAGUAGAACAAAAGGCAGCCAUGGAUUCAUAUCUUUGUGAGAGCAGAUAUCACAACUGUGGGAGGAAGAGAAUUCAAAUAACAUAUGAAUCUAUAGCAUCUAUAGGCAUGGGGGACAGAACAAGCAUAGUUGAUCUUGCACAGAUGCUGCAUUUGAGUCCAACAACAGUUUGGAGAAUGGUGAAAAGAAAACAGAUCAAAGCACAUUCAAGUCCCUUGCAUCCAGGCAUUUUAGAUGAAUGCAAGGUGGCAAGGAUGAGGUGGGUACUUGGUCUCAUUAUGGACUACUCAAUACCAAAUGAUCCCACAUAUUACAGCAUGUAUGAUUUCAUUCACAUCGAUGAGAAAUGGUUCUAUUUUACGCAAAAAAGUCAAAGAGUCUAUUUAGCAAACAAUGAACCAUUUCCACACAGGAAGGCAAAAUCAAGAACUAAGAUACCAAAGUUCAUGUUCAUGGCAGCAGUAGCAAGGCCAAGGUGGGGACAAGAUGGGCAGUCAAUUAAAGAGAAAUGGCCACCACAUGAGGGGGAAAACGUGAUAUACAUCAUCCAAGACAAUGCAAAGGCACAUAUUUUGCAAAAUGAUCAAGAAUGGCAGCAACACUGCAAGCAAGAUGGGUUCACAUUGAUUUUGACUCAACAACCAGCAAACAGUCCAGAUUGCAACAUCUUGGACUUGGGUUUUUUUAGGUCAAUUCAAUCACUUAUGCACAAAAAGAUGCCUAAAACAGUUGAGGAUUUGAGUGGUGUUGUGACUGAUUCAUUUAAGGAACUACAUCCAAAGACUCUAUCUAAUGUGUGGAUGUCACUUCAAUAUGUUGGAAAUGAAAUUCUGAAACACAAGGGGGACAACAACUACCAACUCCCACACAACAAGAAAAAGGUUUUAGAAGAUGAGGGCAAUCUUCCAGAACAAGUGAAGGCGCCAAGGUGGGCUGUGAAUGAGUGCAUAGAACUUGUUGAAGCAAAUCAGUGA